AUGGAUGACUUUAAGCGAUUUAAUGAAGAGUUAUCGGAUUUGUUAUUAUUGUCUUUGAGUAAUUAUAAUUCUAACAUUGAGGAUCAAGUGUAUUUUGAGGGUAUUCGUGAGAAGUACUUAGAGUGCUGUGCUGAUGUUAAAACUAGAAUAGGUGAUUUAACACAAGAGAGAUUGGAGAUGCUUUCGCAGAAAACUUCGAACAGUGUUAAAAGUCGAAUGUCGAGAUUAUCAAGGGCUUCAUCUGUGUCGUCUAAACAGGCCGCUGCGAAUGCUGCAGCAUUAAAGGAGAAAAUGCUCAGUCUUAAAAGGAAACAAAAUAUCGAAAGACAGCAAGAAGAGCUUAAACAUCAUCAAAGAGAACUAGAAUGGCAAGUGGAACAAGAACAAUUACAAGGUGAGAUCAAUGCUGCAGAAGUUUUACAUCAAGCACUUUUGGGAGAUACCAUGUUGCUAAGUAGUAAUACCCAACCUACAUCUAACAUUUUGCAUGAAAAUACCACUGAAAUGAGUCAAUUGCCAACUAUUGCCAAGGAUAUGAACACUGGGACAUCCAGUGACAUGACAAAUGCCCUAAAUCCCACUGCGCCCCUAAAUCCCACUACACCCCCAAGUCCCACUACACCCUUAAAUCCUAUUACAACCCCAAAUCCCACUACACCUUCAACUCCUACUACACCCUUAAAUCCCACUACACCCCUAAAUCCCACUACACCCCAAGUCCCACUACACCCUCGAAUCCUAUUACAACCCCAAAUCCCACUACACCUUCAACUCCUACUACACCCUUGAAUCCUACUACACCCUUAGAUCCAACUAAACCUGCAUUUACACCUGUUAAUGCCCAUACCCAACCUGUUAACCAUUUACAACCAACUACUACUACAAGUCCCCUAGAGCAAAUACAAAGAGAGACAUUUGAAAUUCAAAGACAACAAGUAGAAUUAAUGAAAAUGAUGUCGCUUCCGACUCCGAAACCGCCUGUAUUUAGUGGUAAUAUUUUGGCCUACCCAAAGUGGACGUUAGCUUUCGAUGCCUUGAUUGACGGUGAAGCUGUAAACCCAGCACAUAAGUUAUACUACCUUGGGGAAUAUACUAGUGGACAAGCCCAGAAAAUGAUUGAUGGAUUGUUGGGGCUGCAAUCUGAUGAUGCGUAUAAGAGAGCUAGGCAGAUAUUGCAAGAACGCUUUGGUGAUCCAUACAAGAUUUAUCAGGCAUACAAUGAAAGGCUUAAGUCAUGGCCAGUAUGCAGCAAAGCUUCCGAGCUUCAGGAAUUCAGCGACUUUCUGGUAACAGUGCAAGAAACUAUGAAAACAGUGAAGCACCUCAAGGACUUUGACACCUUUUCUGCUUGA